GCGGAACGACCGCAGUAUGUGGCAUUUUCAUUGGUUAAUUAGGUACAGGUUACGCCUCUUCAGGCUUUGGUGCCUUUCCAUUGGGUAAUGCCGCGGGACUCCGGAAGGGGGCAUCUUGGGAAUUGUAGUUUCCGGAGGGAAGUAGCCUCCAGACUGCAGUAGCGUGGCUCCGUACCUGUUGAGGAGAUGAAUGGGAAGCGGCCUGCGGAGCCGGGCCAGGUCCGGAUAGUGAAGAAGGGAAAGAGGCAGGUGGUGGCGGAGUUUUCAGGCGCUGUCAAGGAGAAAACUCUGAGGAAUCAGCUGGCUGAGGCCUGGAGACGCCGGACGCCGUUCAGCCACGACGCUAUUGACAUAGACAUGGAUCCCUUUCCUCACUGUGUGAUCCCAAACUUCAUCCAAAGCCAAGACUUCUUGGAAGGACUUCAGAAGGAACUUUUGAGCUUGGACUUCCAUGAAAAGUAUAAUGAUUUAUAUAAGUUCCAGCAGUCUGAUGAUUUGAAGAAGAGAAGAGAGCCUCAUAUCUCAGCAUUAAGGAAACUUAUGUUCGAAAGUUUCCGGACCUGGCUUUCUGGCAUUUCCAACAUUGACCUAGAACCAACCAUUGACAUGUCCUGUGCUAAAUACGAAUUCACUGAUGCUCUGCUCUGCCAUGAUGAUGAGCUAGAGGGCCGCCGGAUUGCCUUCAUUCUCUACCUGGUUCCUUCCUGGGACAGGAGCUUGGGGGGCACCCUGGACCUGUACAGCAUUGAUGAACACUUUCAGCCGAAGCAGAUUGUCAAGUCUCUUAUCCCUUCGUGGAACAAACUGGUUUUCUUUGAAGUGUCUCCAGUGUCCUUUCACCAGGUGUCUGAAGUCCUAUCUGAAGAAACGUCACGUUUAUCUAUAAGCGGCUGGUUUCAUGGUCCUCCGUUAGCCAGGCCUCCCACCUACUUUGAGCCCCUGAUCCCUCGAAACCCUCACAUCCCACAAGAUCAUGAAAUUUUGUAUGAGUGGAUCAAUCCUGCUUAUCUGGACAUGGAUUACCAAAUGCAAAUUCAAGAAGAAUUUGAAGAAAGGUCUGAAAUUCUCUUGAAAGAUUUUCUUAAGCCUGAGAAAUUUGCAAAGGUCUGUGAGGCCUUGGAGAAAGGAGAUGUGGAAUGGAGUAGUCGUGGUCCCCCUAACAAAAGGUUUUAUGAGAAAGCUGAGGAAAGUAAGCUCCCUGAUAUCCUGAAGGACUGCAUGGGGUUGUUUCGCUCCGAGGCACUGUUCUUGCUGCUCUCCAACUUCACAGGCCUGAAGCUUCACUUUUUGGCCCCUUCAGAAGAAGAGACUGAGGACAAAAAAGAGGGAGGGGCAGCCUGUGCUGCUGAUGGCACUGAAGAAGGGACUGGCCAGAGGGCCUCAGAGCCUGAGAAUAAUGACGAAGCUGUCAGUAGCAGCAGUCAAGAGAACAGCGAACAGACCGACCCAGAGCCAGAGGAAGACGCAAAGAAAGACUCAAGUACUCCCACAUGCCAAGGGGAACUGAGGCAUUGGAACACUGGCCACUACACUUUAAUCCAUGACAAUACCAAGACUGAAUUUGCCUUAGACCUGUUUCUGUACUGUGGUUGUGAAGGCUGGGAGCCAGAGUAUGGUGGCUUUACAUCCUACAUUGCCAAAGGUGAAGACGAAGAGCUGCUGGUAGUGAAUCCAGAAAACAAUUCUUUGGCAUUGGUCUACAGAGAUAGAGAGACCCUGAAAUUUGUGAAGCAUAUUAACCACCGCAGCCUAGAACAAAAGAAAACCUUCCCAAACAGAAGUGGUUUCUGGGACUUUGCGUUUGUCUAUUAUGAGUAACAGAACUGGGCAAAACUAACAAAAGUGACACUUCCUCAGUCCUGGGAAAUCUGGAAGGAGAAAUGUUAACUGACUGUCCUCAAAUCUGACUCUCCUUGGACAGGUGUGCUAGCACAUGCCUGUAAUCCCAGCAUUUGAGAGGCAGAGAAAGGAGUUCAGGGUCAGCCUAGGCUACAUAGUAAAACUCUGUCUCAAAAACAAACAGAAACAUGGGUCAUCCUUUAAUAUAACUCGAGACUGUCCUCAGCCUAGACCUUGAGCUGGAGCUGUAUACUUCUCUCUUGAUUUACAAAACAAAGAAAUUUUUUUUUCCACUGAAUUCUUUCGCUUGUGUUUUGACUGCUUCAGCAACUUUUUUUUUUUAACUUUGGGAUUUUUUUUUGUGUGUGUGGUAAAAAAUAUAUAACAUAUAAUAGUUUUUUGGUUUUGGGGCUUUUUGACAGGGUCUACUAUGUAGCCCAGGCUAGCCUCAAAUGACUGAUUAGCCUCCCAAGUGCUGAAAUUACAGGCAUGGGCAACCAUGCCCAGCCAGUUUUUAUAUGGAUAGAUCAGUAGAAUUGGAAAAAUUUCCAGUGUUAUACAGCCAUCACCAUAAUCCAUAAUCCAAAUUUUUUCCAUCUUCCCAAAGUGAAACCAUGUGUCCAUCAAACACCCUGUUCUCUGCUGCCCCUUCUCUCCCAGCCUCUUCUUUGUUGGCUAUUCACACCCCUCACACAUGGACCCAUACAGUAUUUAUCCUUUGUGAUUAACUUAUUUCACUUAGCAUAAAGUCCUUAAGGCCCAUCAAUAUUUCCAGUGAUUUUUCUUUUUCACUCACAAGUAGUUGUAUAUUCUGGCUUCCCAAUCACACGGGUCUAGAAAGUUACAGAGUCCUAAUCUUGUUUGUGCUGGGCUUUAGAGCUAUGACACAAUUUGAGUCAUUACACUGCCCCCCACUGUCUGUUAGCCAAGUUCCGCCCUGUGUCAGGACAGGGUAAACAUGGGGAGUGUUGCUCUCUAGGAGGUGGUCUGGCUGAAAACUACACGGCCCUAGGAAUUCUGUGGCCAAUGAAGAGGACAGGCUACUUACUGCCCCAGGUAUUCACUUCUAAGUGUCUACUGCCUUCCAAACCUGGAGCCACUGCUUCUGUAGGUGAGGCUAGCCUCACAUGUCCUGUAGGGUCCACUAUAGAGCUAGUUGCCUUUCCUUUGUUUUAAAAGACCAAGUGUUAAAAAGCCCUAGUAAGAGGCCAAGAUGCCACCCGCUUGCUUCCAUUCUCUUCAAAGGGCUGGGACAUAGCCCUACCAUCAUGGGACUGGACGGGAUGGCUGAAAGACCAUGUUCUUACCCCACCCCAUGCUGUCUCCGUUUGUUCUAUCUCUCGCUAUCCCUGCAGUUUUCAGUGUGGAGUUUACUGAUAGGAAAAGCACAGGACCUUUGAACUUCUUUCUCUUCUGUAUCCUAAAACUCUUAAGUACUAAUUUGCUUCUAGAGUUUGCAUUUAAAUAGAAUGAAUUUUUGUCUUUUAGGUUCAUAGCUUCAAUUUUUUCUUUAAAUUAACACACUCCAGUCAGUAAAACACAUUUUAAUACAUGGUCUAAUAUUUAAAAAGUUUUAUGUGUUCUGAUAUUAGUGACAAAACAAUAGCUUUUAAGUAAUGAGAUAAAAAUAUACAGACCACAGCUCUGGGUGGUGGCAUACACCAUUAUCCCAGUACUUGAGAAGCAGGAGCAGGGGGAUUGGGAGUUCUUGACUGUCCUCAGCUACAUAGUGAGUUCAAAGCAACCUAGGAAACAUGAGACCUUUGCUUGAAAAAAAGAAUAUCCAGACUUCAUUCUAGGUCUAGUAUGGCCUUCUAUACCCACAGAUCAUAUGCACACUGUUUUACAUACACAGAUUUUCAAAUUCAGUAGAUACUCAGGUGGAACUACAUAUAUUUUGUUGCUAAUGGUUAACUUUGAAGCUUGCCUUUUCUACAUUGCUACAGAUUCAAGGUCAUCUCUAUCAUAUUACCUUUAUUCUAAACUUGUUUUUGUUUGGGGCACUCACUGGGAAUCAAACCCAGGAACUUGGUCCACCACCAGCCCUCCUUGAUUUCUUUUUCUUGGUUUUUGUUGUUUUGGGUUGGUUGGUUUUUGUUUUUUUAGACUUUGGUUUUUUGAGACAGAGUCUCUCUGUAGCCCCAACUGGCCUGGAACUUGUUAUUUAGACCAGGCUGACUGUCAUCUGAGAUCUGCUUAUUUCUGUCUCCCAAGUGGUGGGAUUAAAGGUGUGCCCACCUAUGCCCAGCUUUUCCCCUGGCUUUUUUAUGUGUUUUCCUGAGUAGGGGAGAUAGUUAACUAACCUUGUCAGUAGAUUAACCCUAGGAAGACCCAAGGAAAAGUGCUGCAUAGGCAUGCCAUGCUUGGAAAACAGUUUGAGACUUUCAGGACCCAUAUGGCUCUUAGCAUCACUAAGGCCACCGAGCUUCUUCAUCUCUGGAGAUUUGUCUAAAUCUGAAGCUCUCACCCAUAUGUAAAAAUAUGCCUAUUAGUUUCUUCUUUAACUUCAUGUGUUUAUGAUCUUUUACCACCACAGAACCUUUAUAAUACUGGAUUUAAGUGCCUGAGGGGAGAGAAUCCCGAAGAACCCCACUGUCAUGUCUACAGUGUCUCUUGGUUUGUGGAGGGUGAUGUUACAGGUUGCUUUUCUGCUCUAAUGACAUUCAGUGACUGAGAAGCUGCUUUUUUUUUAGUUGUCAUGUGCCACAUUAUUGAUGUUUCAAAGACAGAUCACAUAUUCAAAGACAGUUAGCCCAUAAGACUGCAGUGGAGCUGAAACAUUCCUGCAGCCCAGUGAGGUGUUGCCUCUGUGGUCCAGAUCACUGCUCACAUUUGUAGUGCUGCUGGCUGCAGAAGCACAGCACAUGCGCUGUGUACAGUACAUAACCACUGAACAAAUGCCACUGCUUUAUGCACACUUUAGACUAUUAUCCUUGCUUUAGAGUAUACUUCUGUUAAAAAGCAGUCGACUGCAGCUGGGGGUGGUGGUGCACGCCUUUAAUCCCAGCGCAGGAGGCAGAGGCUGGCGGAUCUCUGUGCGUUCAAGGCCAGCUGGGGCUACAGGGAGACCCUGUCUCAAAAAGACCCAAAAAAAAAAAAAAGUCAACUGUAAUACAGUCUCAGGCAAGUCCUUCACAAGGUAUUCCAGAGAAAGGCAUUGUUACUGCCCCUGAAGACUACAGUGGGACAGAAUGUAUAGGUGGAAGACAGUGAUGAUGAUGACAAUCAUAAUCGAUGUGUAGGCCCAGGUGUGUGUGCGCGCGUGUGAGACAAAAAAGUUCUGAAAGUUUAAAGAAAUGAAUUUUGAAGAUAGAAAGUAGCUUAAAUAUAAAGGAAAUAUUUUUGUGCAGUUAUAUAUUUUAAGCAAAAUGUUAUAAGUCAAAAGCUAUAAAAACUGAAGUUAUAGAAAGCUAAGGUUAUUGAAGAUAAAGUAUUUUUAACAUGCAUACGGGUUUGGAAGCCUGAGAGCUACCAUCUGAUCUGUACAAGUAAUGUAUUUGCACAAGGAACUUGCCUCAACUUAUGAUACUGAGCUUCAUUCUUGAUCAUGACUGCUGUGUUCUUCUCUGUAUGAUCAAUGGCAUCGUUCUCUUAAUUGUUAAUACUGAACCGCCAAUCCCUUGUUUUAUUCACUUAUUUAUUGGUGUUUUUGGCACAGGGCCUUGCUGUGUCUCCCUUAAUUCCCCAAUUGCUGAGCUUGCAGCUGUCUACACCACCAUGCGCAGUUGCAGACUUCCAGUUCCUAUAACUCCCUUUAGUAAAGGAAGAUUUUUCUACCCAAAGAUAAUAGCUUUAUCUUUUCACAGUAUAUAAAAUAUUGCAUGUUUAUUUUUGAGAAAUUAAAGUAGAAAAAUAUAUACAAAUGUUAGCCGAAAUCCUACCGCCCUGUUACAAACACUUAGAGCUUUGUAAUGUGUGAUGUGGCUAGCCUGCACUUGUUUCAGGGAACGACCCCUUUUCUACUGUGCUGGGUAUAAACAAAUACAAGGCCCUAGAGCAACCUUGUCAAACAGGGCUCCAAGGGAGAGACUGAAGGUCGCUAUUACAUGUAAAGAAUGUGAAAAUAGUUAUCUCAGUCAUUUUCCUUAAGCUUUUCUCUUUCAGGAUCCUUACAAAUGAAAAUAGUCAAUGAUGAAUUUUAAGAUACUCCAACUCACAGAUCACCCUUAAAUUUGUUCUUCCUUAAUAUGUUUGUUUAUACACACCUUCCAAUGAUUAAAAAGAAGGUACACAAAUUGAACUGAAUGUCUACAUUUUUGUUUUUCCCCACAAAAUAAAUAAAAAUGUUUUUUGCA